AUGGGGCAGCCCUGGGCGGUAGGGACCGCGGAGGCGGCUCCCGCGCGGCUGCCCCUCUUGCUCACCGCGCUUUGGGCCGCGGCGGUGGGCCUGGAGCUAGCUUACGUGUUAGUGCUGGGCCCCGGGCCACCUCCGCUGGGACCCUUGGCCCGGACGCUGCAGGUUGCGCUGGCAGCCUUCCAGCUGCUCAACCUACUGGGCAACGUGGGGCUCUUCCUGCGCUCGGACCCCAGCAUCCGGGGUGUGAUGCUGGCCGGCCGUGGUCUGGGCCAGGGCUGGGCUUACUGCUACCAGUGCCAAAGCCAGGUGCCACCGCGCAGCGGGCACUGUUCUGCCUGCCGCAUCUGCAUCCUCCGCCGGGACCACCACUGCCGCCUGCUGGGCCGCUGCGUGGGCUUCCGCAACUACCGGCCCUUCCUGUGUCUCCUGCUCCACGGCGCGGGUGUCCUGCUGCAUGCCUCUGUGCUGCUGGGCCCGGCCCUGUCGGCCCUGCUACGAGCCCACACACCCCUCCAUACCGCCGCCCUGCUCCUGCUGCCCUGGCUCAUGUUGCUCACAGGCAGAGUGUCCUUGGCACAGUUCGCCCUGGCCUUCGUGACUGACACGUGCGUGGCGGGUGCGCUGUUGUGCGGGGCCGGACUGCUCUUCCACGGGAUGCUGCUGCUCAGGGGCCAGACCACGUGGGAGUGGGCUCGGGGCCAGCACGUGUACGACCUGGGCCCCUGCCACAACCUGCAGGCAGCUCUGGGGCCCCGCUGGGUCCUCGUCUGGCUCUGGCCCUUCCUGGCCUCCCCGUUGCCGGGGGACGGGAUAACCUUCCAGACUGCAGCCGACGUGGGACUCAUGGCUUCCUGA